AUCUCAACAAUGGAGACUAAUCUGCGUUCCAGGCUGGCAUCAUUAUCAUCUUCUGUCGCCUGCUCCACUAUCCCCUCUCCAGGCUCCGCCAGCCUCGAGUUAUUGCCGAAGUCCUGGGAGGAAUCAUUCUGGGUCCAUCCGUGAUGAUGCGCAUCCCUGGCUUCCAAAAUGCCAUUUUCCCCACUGCUGCGAACCCAAACCUCAAUCUGGUAGCCAACCUCGGGCUCAUAUUAUUCCUCUUCCUCGUCGGCCUCGAAGUCAAUAUGCGAAUGUUCUUGUCAAAUUGGAGGGUGGCGCUCAGUGUGGGUCUGGCGGGAAUGAUCUUGCCCUUCGGUCUGGGCUGUGCUAUUGCUUGGGGGCUAUACAACGAAUUCCGUACUGACCCUGGAACUGUGCCGAUCAAGUUCGGGGUUUACAUGCUCUUCAUCGGCACUGCUCUUUCUAUCACUGCAUUCCCAGUCCUUUGCCGAAUCCUCACGGAGUUGAAGCUCCUGUCAACCCCAGUUGGGGUCACUGUCCUAGCUGCAGGUGUUGGAAACGAUGUAACAGGAUGGAUUCUCUUGGCUCUUUGCGUGGCACUGGUCAACAACGGUUCUGGCAUAACGGCGCUUUACGUCCUGCUUGUCUGCGUCGGAUGGGUACUGUUCUUGGUCUACGCUAUUCGCCCUGGGUUCAUGUGGUUACUUCGAAGAACCGGGAGCAUCCAAAACGGUCCGACACAGGCCAUGGUAGCUCUCACGUUACUUUUAGUUCUUACCUCAUCAUGGUUCACUGGAAUCAUUGGAGUACAUCCUAUUUUUGGAGCCUUCCUGGUUGGACUUAUCUGCCCACAUGACGGUGGCUUUGCCAUUAAACUCACGGAAAAGCUCGAAGAUCUUGUUUCUGUUCUAUUCCUUCCCCUCUAUUUCGCACUUUCCGGGUUGAGCACCAACCUUGGUCUCCUGAAUGAUGGCAUCACUUGGGCGUAUGUUAUCGGAGUUAUCGCUGUUGCAUUUUCGGGAAAGAUUAUUGGUGGUACUCUAGCUGCCAGAGCCAACAAGCUAGUUUGGAGAGAAAGCUUGACUAUCGGUGUUCUGAUGAGUUGCAAAGGACUCGUGGAACUCAUUGUGCUAAACAUUGGAUUGCAAGCCAAGAUUCUUUCUACCAGAACUUUCACCAUCUUCGUCGUUAUGGCACUCGUUACAACAGUCUCGACCACACCUCUGACAGUAUCUCUUUAUCCACAGUGGUAUCAGAAGAAACUGGAUGCUUGGAAGAGAGGAGAGAUCGACUGGGAUGGCAAUCGCCUCAUGCCUGAAGGAGGCGACAGCUCGCCCGAACGCUCAAUCGAGAAGAUGAAAAACACCCAAGUCCGACGACUUCUGGUGUAUCUCAGACUCGACAGUCUUCCUAGUCUCUUUACCUUCAUUACACUACUUGGAGGAGACAGAUCAGCGGUGACCACCAAAGUGCACAAAUCGAAGACGGAGCUGAAGGCAGUCCCUGAAGGCGUAGCUUCUUCAACAGAUUCUAUAGCCAUUGGCUCAAACCGGCCACUGGAAGUUCACGGAGUUCGGAUAUUGGAACUGACAGAACGUACCUCUUCUGUCAUGAAAUCCUCCGAAGUGGACGAAUAUACAUACCGGGACCCAGUUGUCAACGCUUUCCGAACAUUUGCACAACUAAACAACGUCGCAGUUUCUGGAGGAGUGUCCGUAGUCCCAGAGGAUUCAUAUGCCGAGACCAUCACGAGUCUAGCUUCCGACCACUUUUCCGACCUCGCCCUUAUCCCAUGGACUGACCCUAUCAGCACGACCGAAUUGGACUCUACAAUAGAUUCUCUCUCCAGUGGCACUCAAGACGCCUUCAUUCAGAAGACGCUCGAGACAUCCUCUUGUAACACUGCGGUAUUCGUCAAUCGUGGAUUUGGUGGAUCAAUUCCGAUAGAGUCUCGCAGUCUCAGCCGCACUCUCAGCGGCAUCAGCUUGAGGAGUCGCCGAGAGGCACCAACUCCUCCCGUCGUAGACAGAAGUCACCAUGUCUACUUCCCAUUCUUCGGUGGUGUCGACGAUCGUGUUGCACUUCGUUUCGUUCUGCAGCUUGCUCAGAAUAGUAACAUUACAGUUACCGUCAUUCACUUUAACACGCCGAUCCAAUCAGGUUUCAACAAGGGAGCCGACAUUAUAACAGAGCCUGCCAGGGUUGCGGGCGGUCGCUCAAGUGCUGGGCAUCUCACCAUCAACGAGAGAGUCGAUACCGAGACUCUUUAUGCCGAAGCUGGCCAAGAUGCAACGCUUGUACAUACACUUCGCGACACACUACCUCCGACAUUGGCAAAUCGUGUAGUAUUUGUGGAUGUGGCAACCACAACUCCCAUCCCAGACUGUCUCCGUCACGCACGACAAGAAGUAGGGCAGUCUCCGAGAAACGCUGGUGACUUGAUCAUCGUAGGCAGAGGAAGGCACUCUCGCAUUUCGGAGAGUCUCGAGCAUUCCUCGAAUGCUGAGAUGAAGAAGACUUUAGGUGCUGUAGCUGAGACUUUGGUCUCUGGUGGCGUGAGAGCGAGUGUUCUGGUUAUACAGGCAGGUGGGCGUGGAUUGGAUGCUUAGAUGGAUAUGGCGUGGCGUUUCGGGUAACAUUUGGCUAUCUUGCUUUCUUCCUGGUGUAAGAUCUGAGUUGGGAUUUGAUAUUUAAUGAUCUACAUUCAUUACGGCCAUUUAUCUUCCUUGAUCGUAUAUUCUGCGAGAAUCGGGUGUGGGGUGAGGAAACGAACUUCGAGUGAGGCCGCCCCCCGUUUCACUACAUCCUCACACAACACAACCUAACCUCUCA